AAUGCUCUCAACGUUUGCUCGGGACGAAGAAGUCAGAACUCUAUCUCGGGACGCCGAAGCUCCCGCGAGACAUGCGUUCGUUUUGACUCGCCCUCUUCGCUCAGUUGAUUGUGUUAACAAGAGCACAUUCCUAAAAUUAGUGAGAUGUGGAAGCUGCUGUGGACCGCCACCCUCGUGGCGGCACUUUCCACGUGCAAUGCAAAGCAUAUUGAAAGGGAUAAACGAGCGAUAGAGAAUUAUCCAAUACCCCAAAGAGCAUUCGAUGGAUAUCACUAUCAGUCACCGAGCAAGCCUUUCCCUUUACCUUCUACUAAAGGUACUUCAACGACAACGCCGUACCAAAAUCGACCAGAUAAGCCAAUUACAUCAACAACGCCACCAUAUUCAACUUCGACAAAAUUAACUACACCGAGGGUGAUAACCACACCACCAAUUAAUCCAACGACAUCUCAUCCAGGAUAUCCAAAAUCAACACCAACGAUUCCUUUCACACUACCACCAAAAACACCAUCCAGACCACCAUAUCAACCCCCUCAAACACCAAGCAGACCAUAUCAACCACCACAAACGCCAUCCAUACCACCAUAUCAACCUCCCCAGACUCCAGCCAGGCCACCAUAUCAACCCCCACAGACACCAUCCAGACCUCCAUAUCAACCCCCACAGACACCAUCUAGACCUCCAUAUCAACCACCACAGACACCAUCCAGACCUCCAUAUCAACCCCCACAAACACCAUCUAUACCCCCAUACCAACCCCCACAGACACCAUCCAGACCACCAUAUCAACCACCACAGACACCAUCUAGACCUCCAUAUCAACCCCCACAAACGCCAUCUAUACCCCCAUACCAACCUCCACAGACUCCAACCAGACCACCAUAUCAACCUCCACAAACGCCAUCCAUACCCCCAUAUCAACCUCCCCAGACUCCAACCAGGCCACCAUAUCAACCACCACAGACACCAUCCAGACCUCCAUAUCAACCCCCACAAACGCCAUCUAUACCCCCAUACCAACCUCCACAGACUCCAACCAGGCCACCAUACCAACCUCCACAGACUCCAACCAGGCCACCAUAUCAACCCCCACAGACACCAUCCAGACCACCAUAUCAACCACCACAGACACCAUCCAGACCUCCAUAUCAACCCCCACAAACGCCAUCUAUACCACCAUAUCAACCACCACAGACACCAUCCAGACCACCAUAUCAACCACCACAGACACCAUCCAGACCUCCAUAUCAACCCCCACAAACGCCAUCUAUACCACCAUAUCAACCACCACAGACACCAUCCAGACCUCCAUAUCAACCCCCACAAACACCAUCUAUACCCCCAUACCAACCUCCACAGACUCCAAUCAGGCCACCAUAUCAACCCCCACAAACGCCAUCCAGACCUCCAUACCAACCUCCACAGACUCCACCAUAUCAACCACCACAGACCCAAUCCAGACCACCAUACCAAACAACACUCCAUCCAGGAUAUUCUAAAUCGACGCCAAAGAUACCUUUCCCAUUGCCAACUAAAACACCGAAACCACCUACAUCAGAACAACCUUCUACGAGACAACCUGUACCGUCUCCAACUAAACCGACCUACAUCCCUCCACCAACCCAGCCGCCUACUAGACCAACGCGGCCAAUUUAUUUACCUCCAACAUCAGAACAUACUAGACCAACUGCGUAUCAACCACCAACGCUGCCUUCUACUAGACCAACUUCAUAUCAACCACCAACGCUGCCUUCUACUAGACCAACUUCAUAUCGACCACCAACACUGCCUUCUACUAGACCAACUUCAUACCAACCACCAACGCUGCCUUCUACUAGACCAACUUCAUAUCAACCACCAACGCUGCCUUCUACUAGACCAACUUCAUAUCAACCACCAACGCUGCCUUCUACUAGACCAACUUCAUAUCAACCACCUUCUACUAGAACACCAUCAAAGUUUCCUACUAAACCAACAUCAACGUCUCCUACUAAACCAACCUAUCUACCUCCUAAAACAACAUAUAAACCUACACCAACACCCACUAAACCACCUUCACCAUUAACAACGAGAUCUACUUACAAACCACCAACCUAUCUUCCACCAGAAACUACCACGAUACGUCCAAUCAUAACUACUCAAUCUACAACAAGAUUUACAACACCGCCGACUUUUUCUACUACCAGAACAACCCCUUACAUACGUACUACACAACCUUCAUCCUAUCUUCCACCGAUAUCUACGAAAUCAACAUCAACUCAUACCUUUGAAACGAAAACCCCAUACGUUUCAAUCAAAACAACGCCGAAACCAACAAGGGCAACUUAUCUUCCACCGGAUACUACUAAGCAUAUAUCUACGAUAACAACGCCAUCUACGCCAAUUUAUACUCCGUCUAUUAUAACCGUGACGCCAACUCCGUCCAUUUCAACGAAAAGCACGACAUAUGGCACUAGGCCUUCUCCUUAUUUGCCACCAUCAUCCCCAAGGCCGACCUAUAUUACUAAAACUCCACCUCCUUAUCCUACACCGAUUUAUAGCAUAACGCCUAGCACAACAACGUACAAAACCCCAACGGGAAUUAUAGGACCUAGUCCUACUCUACCACCGGUAACUCAUAGACCAACAGGUUACAGUUAUCCGAUUCCAGAUAUCCCCUUUGAAUUUCGUAAACGAUGAUCAAAAUUGAAAUUCGUGUACGAUUUAGUCUGAACUAAAUGUAACAAACUAAAAAAAUUUAUCUACAAUUUUUUUGUUUGCCUUCCUUUUAUUUUUACACAUUUAUACGUAACAGGAAAUUACAUGUUAAUCGCCGUUAAUUUAAGAAAUCAUGCAGUCAGCGAAGUUUCUUCUUCGCGUAAAAUAAAUUUAUAGGAAUAUUGUCGAGUUACCAUCCAUGCUAGAAUUUAGAAGAAAUUUAAGCAGCAUAUAGAGCGUA